AUGCCACCAUCUUCACCUUCAUUUACCUGGGACAACCUCUUAGAUUCUCUCUCUCUCAGCACAAUAUGGAAUUCGCUACAAGCAAUUUUUCUUGGAGAGACUAGUACGCCUCAGACAGACAGUUUGGGGAUACUAGAUAAUCUUGCUCCGGCUGUGCAAGUCAUCCUGGGGAUUUGCUUUUUGGCUUUGUUGGCAAUAGGAUUAUAUUCCUUAUGGAAACGAAGUGUUCGGUCAAUUCAGAAAAUACUGUUGUUUGUCAUCACUCUCUACCAGCUUUACAAGAAGGGCUCAGAUUUUUUUCAGGCUUUGCUAGCCAACCCAGAAGGGAGUGGUCAACUUAAAGAAAAUAGUAAUUUCUUCCUAUCCUUGGGUCUUCAAGAGAAAAUUUUGAAGAAACUCCAGAUGGUGGAAAACAAAGUGAAGGACCUGGAAGGGAUGAUCAUUGCCCAGAAGCCUGCCACGAAGAGGGAGUGCUCCUCUGAGCCCUACUGCAGCUGCUCAGACUGCCAGAGUCCUCUGUUCACAUCGGGGUUUACGUCUACGUCUGAAAUGUGA